UUGACUAACAAAAUCCAUCCAUUACGAAAGGAACAAACUAGUAUCGUGUGUGUGCGCGUGGAAACAAACAUAUUAGCGUCUUCAUUCAACUUUAUGACGUUAAUCAUACUACGAGUAUAGUCAAAUAGUAUGAGGAUUUAUUAUCACUAGUAGAAAUAAAUACGCAAUUACGCAACACCUUGUAGCAAAGUUUGGGAGAAAGAGAACCAUAUUUCGUACGGAUGGAUUUCAUGUGUCAUUGUUCAAAUUUCCUUCUUCCUCCGGAUAAUCCAAACGCGGCUUCUUCUUCUUCUUCUUCUGUCUCACUAACAUACGCUCUCGUUGUGCUCAAUCAACACCUCCCCAAAUUCGCUCCUCUGCUUUGGGACCACGCACAUAUACGAGUGUGCGCUGAUGGAGGUGCCAAUCGUGUGUAUGAUGAAAUGCCUCUUUUCUUCCCUCAACUUAAUCCUUCCCAUGUUCGCACCAGGUACAAGCCUGAUGCAAUCAAAGGUGACAUGGACUCAAUCAGGACAGAAGUACUUGAUUUCUACGCAAAGCUGGGAACGAAAGUAAUCGACGAGUCUCAUGAUCAGGACACCACAGAUUUAAACAAAUGUGUUGUAUACAUACGUGACCUUAUACCGAAUACUGAUAAAUCAGAGCUGUGCAUUCUCGUUGCUGGAGCACUUGGCGGGAGAUUUGAUCAUGAGAUUGGAAAUAUCAAUGUGCUGUGUCGAUUCUCCAACACACGCAUUAUCCUUCUAUCUGAUGAUUGCCUCAUUCACCUUCUUCCAAAGAAUCACUCUCAUAAGAUCUUUAUCCAAUCAUCUGUCGAGGGUCCACAUUGUGGACUCAUUCCCAUCGGGUUGCCAUCCGGAAGUUCUACAACCACAGGGCUCCAGUGGGACCUCAAUAACACGGAGAUGAGAUUUGGUGGGUUAGUAAGCACAUCAAAUAUUGUAAAAGGAGAUAUAAUAACAGUACAGUCUGAUUCAGAUCUUCUUUGGACUAUUUCUAUCAAGAAGCUCUAGGUUUUACAUGUUCUGCAUACUGCACCAACAUUUCAUAACUUCUAUGCUAUUAAUUAGAUGGGUCUUAUUCCAGUUUGAAGGCCAGACUUUCUGCUGACCUUAUUCUUUUUGUUAGAUCUGUUGGCCUUUAUUUAUGUUUCCUUUUUUUACAUUUACUGUGCGAAUUAUGGGAGGAUGGAAGGGAAUUAUUCAUUGAUUUGGGAAGUUCUAUUCCUUAUAACCAAUAAAACAUGGAAGUUAAGUGACAAAGAAGGUAUUUACAUUCUUUGGCUUAGUUGUAUGUUUUUGUUAUCCAUUAAUGUAAUCAGCAGAAAAAAGUUGGAGUUAAAAAAAGAGAGGGUUAUCCAUUAGCAGUGCCAUUUUUACAAAGGUUUCUUUAUGGCAAAGUGAACAGAUCGAUAUGUUUUCAUUCUUAAAAGCAUGAAAAGCAGUUACUUUAAUGCAUUUGAUAGAAAACAUGGGUGGAUUCAACUAUAGUCAGAUUUCUUUGUACCAUUCUUCUGGCUACUUUUCGUAACAUCCAGUAUUUUCACACUUGGUAAUAUACAUUCAAAAUGGAAGUAAACGAA